GAUUUAGCAGUGGUUUUGGGGCCCCUUGGUAAGCGAACGUGGACCGUUGCACGAUUCCCGUAAUGAGUAAUGCCGUGUGCGUGGUAUUACAACCCUUUCCACAAUUGCAACAGCCGUCGGAAAACGUAAGCAAGUGAUAAACGCAAUUGCGACCGCAGCAGAUGCUUUGUCUCGCAGGGUCCGAGGUGCAAAAAGACGGUCUCGGUCGUCGGACAAGCUGCGACAAGUGUUUGUGCUACAUAUUGUUUACUACGAACGCAAACAAUACCAAACAAUCAACAGACUGUCUGCGUUGUGGUUCGUGAGAAUUUGCCAGUUACUGUUGGGCCGUUCAUUCAGCUUUCGGAAUCAGCAAAUUGGACGGACGGACGGACGGAAGGCUUUGGUUAACGGCGGGGGUUUAUGUUCCGGGGCCGCUUUUGCAACUUAACGUAACGUGUAGCGGUACUUUCUGGGUCAAUGGCACCCUGGCGACGACUUUCGACCGGGUGGAUUGUGAUUAGCUGUGUGCUGCUGCUAAGUUUAGCGUACAGCACGAACGGAUACUUUUACAGCGAUAAUACCGAAGGUUCCAGCAACGACCGGUUUUGCUUCUGCCAGCUGCAAGGAACGAUCGACGACUGCAGCUGCAAUGUGGAUACGGUGGAUUUCUACAAUAAUGUGAAAAUAUAUCCACGGCUGAAAAGUUUGCUGGUCAAAGACUUCUUUCGCUACUACAAGGUACACCUGACGAAGGAUUGUCCGUUCUGGGUGGACGACAGCAAGUGUGCGAUGCGCUUUUGCCAUGUGGAGCACUGCGAGGAGAAAGAUAUUCCGCCGGGAUUGAAAGGUGACGGAUCGUCGUAUCAUAAGUACAUUAAAGAGGUGCAAACGCUUACCAACUGCAACGAAGAUCUGGACGCAGAACUCGGCUACCUCAACACUAGCAUAAGCGAUAAGGCACACAAAGAGUUUCAGAUGUGGGCCGAUUAUGACGAGGCGCAAGACAAUUUCUGCAUUCUCGACGACCACGAGCCGGGCGCAGAGUACGUGGACUUGCUGCUCAAUCCGGAACGGUACACUGGCUACCGAGGGGAAUCCGCGCGGCGCAUUUGGAGCAACAUUUAUCUGGAAAACUGCUUCCAAGCCCACUCGGUGAAGAGGAAAAGUGCUUACUCGGCAAUGAUCCCGUACCAGGAUAUGGCACGGAACGAAGUGUGUCUAGAGCAUCGAGUGUUUUAUCGCAUGAUCUCCGGUUUGCACUCCAGCAUCAACAUUCACCUGUGUGCCAACUACCUACUAUCCGAGAAGAACUCACUGGGAUUCGUAUCCCCGACGGGCCUGUGGGGUCCGAAUUUCGAAGAGUUCGAGCGCCGUUUCAGUCCCCACAUGACCGACAACGAGGGCUCGCACUGGCUGCGAAACCUGUACUUUGCGUACCUGGUCGAGCUCCGAGCCCUUGCCAAGGCGGCACCGUACUUGCGGAACGAAGAGUAUUUCACCGGUCUCGAGAAGGAUGAUCGCGAGGUGAAAACAGCCGUCGCCGAUUUGCUUAACGUGAUCGAAGGAUUUCCUUCGCACUUCAACGAAACCGUCAUGUUCAGCGGUGGCACUACGGCAAUCAAGUUGAAGCAAGAGUUUCGGGAAAAGUUUAUGAACAUUUCGAAAAUCAUGGACUGCGUGGGGUGUGAUAAGUGUCGUCUGUGGGGUAAGCUGCAAGUCCAGGGUAUGGGCACGGCCUUAAAGAUCCUGUUCUCCGGCAAGUUCGACGACAAAUUCGAUGAGCGUGGCCUGGGGACGCGAUUGAAGCAGCAAUCACCCUUGUUGAAGUUAAAGCGUGGCGAGAUAGUGGCAUUAUUCAACGCGUUUGGAAGACUCUCCACGAGCAUUCACGAGCUGGAAGAAUUCCGACAACGAAUGCGGUAAAGUUUUAACGUUCAAAAGACUUAACCUGUAACCGGUGCAACGACUUUGUGAUGAAACAUUACUUCAAAUCCCAGGUAUCGAAACCAGAUACAGUGAUUUCCGGUGGCUCGUUUGCAGAAAGACUUAGAAAAUACGGCACACGUUCAAGUUAUGAACUGACGUCGAUUGUUUUUAUUGUUUCUCUUGUUUUUUUGUCUUAUGUCCUAUGUACUCGGUAGCUAGACGGUAGCUCUGAGUACGGUACGUGUAGUGAUCUUGAAGAUCAAGAUGAUAUUUACAAUCGGAACGGUAUACCACCAGCGAAAAAUAUCUUUCAAUUGUACAGAUGUUCAGGCUUUAUACAAGUGUGAGCAAACAAAGGCGUACCAGUACGGCAAUUCGUACGUACGGUUUCCUAAUAACUUAUACCCGCCCAGACGUUAGCGUUGCCGUAACGCGUAAAU